AUGGGUCUUCUCAUAAUGGAAAGAAAGGAGUUAGCUUCCAAGUAUGAAGAAGUUAAAGCCUCUAAUGAGACAGCUGAACUUUUGCACAAGCGUGAUCAAGCUGCAUAUGUAUCUGCUUUGGCUGAAGCAAGGAAACGGGAGGAGUGCCUAAAGAAGACAGUAGGAGUCAAGGAAGAGUGUAUAUCCAGUAUUGAGAAGUCGAUGCAUGAGAUGCGUGCAGAAUCUGCUGAAACAAAGGUUGCUGCUGAGAGUAAAUUGGCUGAAGCACGGAAUAUGGUGGAGGAUGCUCAGAUGAAAUUCACUGAGGCUGAGGCCAAGCUGCAUGUAGCAGAAUCUUUGCAAGCAGAAGCUAGUCGUUUUCACCGUAUCGCUGAAAGAAAGAUGCAAGAAGUUGAAGCACGUGAAGAUGAUCUUAGGAGAAACAUUCUGUCCUUCAAGACAGAUUGUGAUGCAAAAGAGAAGGAGAUAAGCCUUGAGAGACAAUCUUUAUGUGAAAGGCAGAAAACCCUGCAGCAAGAACAAGAUAGAUUACUUGAUGCACAAGCCCUGCUUAACCAAAGGGAGGAUUUCAUAUUUGGUCGAUCUCAGGAACUGAAUCGACUUGAAAAAGAGUUAGAAGACGUAAAAGCGAAUAUCGAGAAGGAGCGUAGAGCCCUAGAUGAUGGGAAAUUAAAUCUGGAGCUGACUGAGGCUUCCCUAAUUAAUAGAGAGGAGGCUUUAACAAGAAGAGAAGCUUUGUUGAACAAAAAAGAGCAAGAGAUACUUGUUUUGCAGGAGAAACUUGUGGGCAAGGAAUCUGAUGAGAUUAGGAAAGCCGUAGCAAGCCACGAAUUUGAGUUAAGAAAAAAGAAGUCUGAAUUUGAUUCGGAGCUGGACGUGAAGCGAAAACUGUUCGAAGAUGAAAUUGAAGCCAAGAGGCGGGCUUGGGAGUUGAGGGAAGUGGAUCUCAAUCAACGAGACGACCUACUGCAGGAAAGGGAGCAUGACUUGGAAGUUCAGUUGAGGACAUUGGUGGAUAGGGAGAAAGAUGUGGCAGAGAUGUCAAAUCUGGUUGAUGAGAAAGAAAAAACUUUGAGAGAUGCUGAGAAGGAGUUUGAGCUGAAUAAUGUUCUUUUGCAAAGAGAAAAGGAAGAAAUUAUCAAAAUGAAGGUAGAGCUUCAGAGCUCCUUGGAUUCACUUGAAGACAAAAGGAAACAACUUGAUUGUGCCAGGGAGAAGUUUGAGGUUUUGAAAACUGAAACAAGUGAGCUUUCAGAUCUAGAGAUGAAACUUAAAGAAGAGAUAGAUUUAGUCAGGGCUCAAAAGCAAGAGCUGAUGGCUGAGGCAGAUAAGUUGGCUGUAGAGAAGGCAAAGUUUGAAUCAGAGUGGGAAUUAAUUGAUGAAAAGAGAGAAGAGCUAAGGAAGGAAGCAGAGCGUGUUGCAGAGGAGAGGUUGGCGUUUUCCAAGUUUAUCAAGGAUGAGCAUGAUAACCUAAGGCAGGAGAAGGAGGAAAUGCGAGAUCAGCACAAGCGUGAUGUUGAAUUACUUGUUAGAGAGCGAGAGGACUUCAUGAAUAAGAUGGUUCAUGAGCGUUCUGAGUGGUUUGGCAAGAUGCAGAAGGAACGCGCAGACUUCUUACUUGAAAUUGAGAUGCGGAAGAGAGAAUUGGAGAACUGUAUUGAUAAAAAGCAUGAAGAGUUAGAAUGUUCAUUGAAGGAAAAGGAGAUUGCCUUUGAGCAAGAAAAGAAAAAUGAAUUUCAGAAUAUUAACUCUCUGAAGGAAGAAGCAGCAAAAGAGAGGGAAGAGGUUGCUUUAGAAAGGAAAAGGCUUGAGACUGAGAGAAUCGAGAUCAAUUUGGAUCGUGAGCGAAGGGAUCGGGAAUGGGCGGAGCUAAAUAAUUCAAUUGAGGAACUGAGGGUCCAGAGAGAGAAAUUGAAAGAACAGAGAGAACUAUUGCAUGCAGAUAGAGAAGAGAUUCUUGGUCAGAUUCAACACCUGAAGGAAUUGGAGAGUUUGAAGGCUGCUUUAGAUAGUGCGCCUGUGGCUGAGAUGCAACAAUCUGAUUUGGUGCCUCGCAGCCGGAAAACUUCUAGACGAUAUUUGAAGCAGUUAACUUCUGUUCGAGAAGCUGAUCAUAAUUCACAUAAUGAAGAAAAUGUUGCCAACAUUAGCAACUCAUCAAUGCUAAAAUCAGGGUUUUCUCCUUCUAGUUCUGCUCGUUUCUCAUGGUUAAAGCGCUGCAGGGAAUUGCUUUUUAAACAGUCUCCUGAGAAGCACCAAACGGAAUAUGAAGAAAAUCAUGUGAUCUCUCGGGAAGAAACAAGUUUGACAGUAACUGAACAGGUAGAUACAUCAAGUAAAUAUGACGGGCAUAGGUACACGGGAAAUGGUAAUUCACCUAGAUUUUUCAGUAAGAGACAGAAUGCUUUUGGUGAACCGAAGGUGAUAGUUGAGGUUCCCCUUGUUGGUGAGACUGUAAAAGGAACACACGCUGAAUCUGAAAUUAAGGAAUUUGAUGGUGAAAGUUGUUCCCCCUUAAUUUCUGAACAAGUCUUCCAGGGAGGAAGGAAAAGAAGAGUUGACAAAUCUUUGUCUAAUGACAGUUUUGAUCCACUACUUGAGCCCAGGCAGCACCUUAAGAAAAGGAGGCAACAACAAGAUGGCACUGUGAACUCAUCAGAACAUGCCAACACCCAUUGCAUUGCGUCAAUCCAGGAAAAAGUACUAGAGGAUCAGAAUGUAUCAAUGCCAUUGCCAUCUGAUCAAAUUUGUGAAGGCGCUGAAGAGGGUAGUGCUUUAAUAGUAGAUAAAAUCAUAAAGGUUUCCGAAGUGAUUUUUGAGGAAACUGGAACUGGCAGUCUUGGCAAUGAAGGCAAAUUAGAGGCGGAGAACUCUAUUGUAGAAGCACACCAUGGACAGAAUGGUGUCUUCCAGGGAGCUGUUGGACAAGUUACUGAGCACUGUCAGAUUCAAGCCGAAGAUACAUCAGCAAAGCAUGUGCAGUCCCAGUGA